GACAAGUUAAUGGUGUCAGCAUGUCCACUGCGGUUGUUACUCCUCAUCCUGCAGGCUAAGUGGUACGGUGACUGGCUAUGGGCUUACUCUGAUGACUAAAAACUCCUUCUGUUCACCACAUUUGACCUCUCUGCAGGCUCAAUGGCCAGCCGCCUCCUGGGCAGAUAUGCCCAUCUGCUCUGCAGGGCGUCCUCCCAGACUCCAGCUCUUGCUGCGGCCCGCCUGCCUCAGUCUGUGGCUGGGCCUGCACAGGUGCAAAGGGCUCAGGGCUGGCCAAGGUCCACUGAAAGGUUAAUGUGUGAGGGAACGACAAUUCACAAGGACGUCUCCUAUACCUAUACACGAAGCCAGAUGGAGGAGUUGUUGGAAAAGGCAGCAGUGCCAGAGGACAUCCUUCUGGCAUGGGAAAAACAUGGAGGGAACGGUAAUCAAGCUGCAAAGGCCCUGUUUAUGUGGACUCUUUUGGUGCUGAAGACGAAGGGAAAAUUUAAGGAACAAAAAACAGAAUUGCUAAUGGAUUCAAGGCUACUGGAUAUAGUAGAUACCUUAUCUCGGAAGGUGUCUUCAGUGUGGAAUUCCAAUUUAGUGUCUGCCAUGCAAGCUCUCUGGAUUAUGCGUGUGCCCGCUAACGAUUCAGUACUCUCAUCUGUCCAGACUGAGGUCCUGUGGCGAGUACGCAGGCUAUCAUACAAGCAGCUGAGCUUCCUGGCAUAUUGGGGAACAGGCAGGAAAGGAGAGCAGAAUGUGGCAAUAUUGAAUGCUGCGUUAAAACAGCUGGAACUGCGCUGGACUGAAAUCGCAGAUGCUAAAACUGUCAGUGCACUGAUAUCCAGUCAACAACACAUGUCACCUAACUUGAUAGACAGACUUGAAGACAAGGCUUUGGAGCUUGCAGAUGGCUUCUCAGCAGAAGAUCUCCGGAAAGUUUGUUUAUCUUUGGCAAUUCAGAGCCGCAGAUCUGUCCCCCUGCUCAGAGCGUUGUCCUACCACCUUCUCCAGAAGCCGUCGUCAGAUUUCACAACUCCGCUGAUACUGGACAUGGCUUUAGCAUAUGGGAAAUUGAAUUUCCACAAUUCUCAGCUAUUUCAGCGAAUGGCCUCAGAGUUGUUACCCAGAGUCCCUGAGCUCCGCUCUAAUGAUGUCACACGCUGUGCUAAAUCACUGGGCUUUCUCAAAUGGCUCAACAUCCCUCUCUUUGAGGCCUUUGCUGAGCACUACAUAACAAACAGUCAGAAGUACAGUAUUCUUCAGGUCUGUAAUCUGCUCAUGAGUUUUGCCAGACUGAGCUUCCAGCCAAGUGACGGAGAUGAGUUCUUUAGCAAGGUUCACUCUAUGCUGGAGGGCUAUCUCUCAGACCUGGAGCCCUUCUUGCAGACGGAUGUAGUUUGGGCUCUGUGUGUGCUGCAGCAGGCCAAACCCCAAUACAUCCUCCCCCUCACACAACCAAGUCAUGUUACCAAACUGUCAGAGGGCAUUCCGGCUCGAGUGGAGAACUAUAAGCUGAAGCUCCUCCACAUCGCUGCUACUCUCUACUUAGAGCAUCCGGGUUCCUCAGAUACUCCAUCCUCCCUGAGUGUCCCGGCCUGGAGCUCCUCCCCCUCCCCUCUGCAGAGUAGUUUAAGAGGGGCUUUACAGAGUUUGGUGGGUGCGAGGACCGGGACUCUUCGCACCGGGGUUGAAACUGUUUAUGGAUGGACUAUUGAUGGUGAGCUGGUAGUGGAUUGUGACAACAAGCCAAUGGACUUGUUGAUGCUGAAAUCCCCUCAUCUUCCCAGUGGAGGAGGAGACCAGGCUUUAUCUGAAGGGGCAUAUCGGCUUGCUUUCUUGGCUUUGGAUUUUCCAGACUUCGGCUCAAAGAGUAAAGACCUUCUGGGACGGUUUGUCAUGAUGAAGCGUCACCUCCAGUUGGCUGGUUUCAUCACAGUAGAGGUGCCAUAUUAUGAGUGGUUGGGGCUGAAGACAGACUGGCAUAAAUCGGCAUACCUGAAGGAUAAAAUGGGGAAGGCUGUGGCCGAGGAAAUGGCCAAGUGAACCCAUAUAAGAGCUUUUCCAAAACAAACAGGACCAGGGAGAAUACACGUAUACACCCACGUUCACACUCAGAACGGAGCAGCAUUGCAGAAAAGCUAUCUCAUACUUUCAGGAAAAGAAAAAUCCUAUUUUCACUCUGGUUCCCUGGCAACGUGUGGGUCUUUCCCUGUUUCCAUGGUGAUGAUAAGCAAGACUUUUGGAGCCAGAGAGAGAGAGACGGAAAUAAACACACAAGCGAGUCCUGUAGGAAUGUUUUGAUACGACUUUGUAUCUGCGAGUGACAUGUCAAAACAGAAGCACCCAGGCAUGUGUUGAAUUUUGGCCAAAAUGUUGGGUUUAUAUCAGCAUCUGAAUAGAUGGGAAACACUGAAUUAUCUCCUGUGAAUGUGUGUGUAAUCUUAUGAUGGAAUAAAUUGUUUUAUUUCCAUUUGA